AUGUUCACUUCAGCAUCAGCCAUAGCAAACCCCACGACAUUCAAAGCAGAGGACUACGAGGAACUCGAGCUCAUCGGUCGUGGUUCGUUUGGGCUUAUCCGGAAGGUGAGGAGAAGAAGUGAUGGAAGGAUCUUUGCGAGGAAGGAGAUCGAUUGGAGACUCAUGUCUGAUGCGGAGAAGCACCAGCUCGUCGCUGAGGUGAAUAUUCUUGAUCAGAUUCGGCACCCGAAUAUCGUGCGAUAUUAUUCUCGUGAAGUUAAGAGGGAUGCAUGUCUCAUCUACCUGUACAUGGAGUACUGUGGAGGCGGUGACUUGGGACGAUGGUUGGAGGAGUAUAGAAGAAGAGGGGAGAGAGUAGGAGAAGAGGAUGUGUGGGAGCUCUUUGGGCAGUUGGUCAGUGCAUUACAUGAAUGUCAUAACCCACCAUCAAUCACAGCAGCAACAAGAGGGAGAGAAGCACGGAAAACAAUUCUACACCGCGACUUGAAACCCGAGAACAUCUUCCUUUCAACUCCUACAUCCUCAUCAACGCCGGUCGCUUCUCUGGGUUCUGCAGCAAUCGCGCCAACACCUAAACUCGGUGAUUUCGGGUUGUCCAAAUCUCUUGACGACGCACAUGCUUUGGCUCGCACAUAUGUCGGCACCCCUUACUACAUGUCUCCCGAACUCAUUAACUCGCAACCAUACUCCGCCAAAUCCGAUAUCUGGGCCUUAGGCUGUGUCCUCUACGAAAUUUGCGCCCUCAAACCCCCCUUCAAUGGAAAGAACCACCGCGAACUCGGUAUAGCAAUCGAAAGCGGAAGAUUCGAUGUGGACAGCCUAUCUGGCUACGGCACUGCAAUCACCGAAGUCAUCGCCGCCUGUCUCCAACUAAACCCCUUGGCAAGACCCACUACACAGGAUUUAUUGACCCACCCCAUGGUCCGGUCGGGCUUAUCUUCAAGAGCAAUGAAAACCCGC